UUGGAGGCAGGAGGGAGGGAGGGAAGGAGGGAAGGAAGGAAGCUGGGAAGGAGCGAGCGAGCGGGGGCGCGAGGCGUUUACCUGGAGGCAGCGGCUUGGGCGCGCAGAGCGGCCGCGGCUCCCCCGCACCUGCGGCCAUGGAUGAGGAGCGCGCCCUCUACAUCGUCCGGGCCGGCGAGGCAGGGGCUAUCGAGCGGGUCCUGAGGGAUUACAGCGAUAAGCAUAGGGCUACUUUCAAAUUUGAAUCAACAGAUGAAGAUAAAAGAAAGAAACUCUGUGAAGGCAUAUUUAAAGUCCUUGUAAAGGACAUCCCAACAACAUGUCAAGUGUCCUGCCUGGAAGUUCUCCGCAUUCUCUCCAGAGACAAAAAGGUUUUAGUUCCUGUAACAACCAAGGAAAAUAUGCAGAUACUGCUGAGACUAGCCAAGCUAAAUGAGUCGGAUGAUUCUUUGGAGAAGGUGUCAGAGUUCCCAGUUAUUGUGGAGUCAUUAAAAUGUCUGUGUAACAUAGUGUUCAACAGUCAGAUGGCACAGCAGCUCAGCCUGGAACUUAACCUUGCUGCAAAGCUCUGUAACCUCCUGAGAAAGUGCAAGGACCGAAAAUUUAUCAAUGACAUUAAGUGCUUUGACUUGCGCUUGCUCUUCCUCUUGUCACUUUUGCACACCGACAUCAGGUCACAAUUGCGCUAUGAGCUCCAGGGACUACCGCUGCUAACCCAGAUCUUGGAAAGUGCCUUUAGCAUCAAGUGGACCGAUGAGUAUGAAUCGGCCAUAGACCAUAAUGGACCUCCUCUCUCACCUCAGGAGACAGACUGUGCCAUUGAGGCCCUCAAAGCUCUCUUCAAUGUGACGGUAGACAGUUGGAAGGUGCAUAAGGAGAGUGAUUCUCAUCAGUUCCGUGUCAUGGCAGCUGUCCUUCGCCAUUGUUUACUAAUCGUAGGUCCAACCGAAGACAAAACAGAGGAGCUGCACAGCAAUGCAGUCAACCUUUUAAGCAAUGUUCCAGUCUCUUGUUUGGAUGUUCUCAUUUGUCCAUUAACCCAUGAAGAAACAGCCCAAGAGGCAACGACUUUAGAUGAACUGCCCAGUGAUAAAACAGCUGAGAAAGAAACAGUUUUGAAAAACAAUACCAUGGUAUACAAUGGUAUGAAUAUGGAGGCCAUUCAUGUUUUACUCAAUUUUAUGGAGAAGAGAAUAGACAAGGGAAGCAGCUAUAGAGAAGGUCUAACUCCAGUUCUCAGCUUAUUAACAGAAUGUUCUCGAGCCCAUCGAAACAUCAGAAAAUUUCUCAAAGAUCAGGUUUUACCACCAUUGAGGGAUGUGACAAAUCGACCUGAAGUUGGCUCAACUGUGCGAAAUAAGCUGGUGCGCCUCAUGACACAUGUUGACCUUGGAGUCAAGCAAAUUGCUGCUGAAUUCCUUUUUGUCCUUUGCAAAGAGAGAGUGGAUAGCCUGCUGAAAUACACUGGCUAUGGGAAUGCUGCAGGACUGUUGGCGGCCAGGGGCCUCUUGGCUGGAGGAAGAGGAGAUAAUUGGUACUCAGAGGACGAGGACACAGACACUGAAGAAUACAAAAAUGCAAAACCAAAGAAGAUUCUAUAUGGAGGCCUUAACAUUCCUAACUGGAAUCUUCUUCAGCCUUUGGACCUGGCCUAUACUGUUCAUAGGAAUGGUGUGUGAGUGUGGUCAGAACAGUGACCAUUAUGAGAUCUUGUUGUAUUUCUUAAACAUCGCUCAUUACAGGUAUAAACAUGCGUUCUUCACAUAGCAUCACACUUUCCCCGUUCAGAUAGAUUAGCAUCUUUUUUUCUUACAUCUUCCCUCUUUCAAGUGAAACAGUGUAGUGGGAUGUUUAAUUUGUUAAUUUAAAAUGCUUAUUCAAAUGGUCCCUGUAGAAGUGGUGGUGAAUAAAGUACUUUGGAAGCGAGACAAUCCUUUGUGCUCUGGGGAGUGAUCCACAGAGCUCGAACAACUUUUUCCCUAAAAAUUGUUAUGAAAACUUUUUACCAAUCUGGUCAAGCUUGUGAAGUCAGCCUCUGAAAGGAUUGCUUACCUCACCAAUCAGUGUGCCCAAGAUCACAGUCCGCUUUUUUUGUGAUGCAUUUAUUUACAACAGUUGCUAGUGUUGGCAGAAGCAGAGAAAUUGCCCUUGAUCCAGUUGGCCCUAGUCCCAUUGUCAAAAAUGUAAGUGGACUUUGAAUAACGCACCAAGGUAACCUGUAAUCCUUUAGUGGAAUCUGAAACCAAGAAUUGUAUGGAGCUUACACGCGGGCUAUGAGAGACAGUUAAUAUCACAACAAUGCUUUUUGUGUCAAAAUAAAUUUAUUUAAUGGACUGGAAAUGGCUUUCUGCAAUUAGCAAACUCAGACAAACUACACUCAUAGAAUUACAUGCCACACAGGUUUUUGGUGUACAUCUAGCCAUGUUUGUUAAAAGUUUUCAGAUAAACUUUGGUCCUGUAUCAAAAAGAAACCAAAUCUCUAAAUUCUAAAUUUUAUACCCGUUUGUUUUAUGCUUCUGAGCAUGGAGACCCCUUGACUGUUUAGAUGGUAUAAUACAACUGACUAAUACGAUUUGUACAUCAUUCCAAACAUCAAUUGAAAGAUGUGUACCUAAUGACAUUUGUCUCCUUUUAGAUCAGUAGCAUUAGGCUGGAUAUAUAGGAGCCUACUGGUCCAAAGAGGUGUCUGUAAAGGGCUGCUGUAUAGAGGGGCAGAGGAGGGGAUGGCCAAAGUGGGCAGAAUUCUAGGAUACCUCCUUAGAUUCCUAAUACCCCACACUAGUUCAUAAUCACAUCCAGAAGCUUUAAACCUUUGUACCAAGCAACUCAGGGGAGUUUCCUUCUGGACUAUAUUUCUCUCAGCAGUAGCUGUGGCAGCAGCUGUAUAGAUAGUUGCUUUAGCACAAGGCAAGGGACUUUGUCUUUUGUCAAGGUUUUGUUAUGCUGCUUUAAGUCCCAUUAUAAUUGUCUUUACAUAUCAGGGCUAUACAAAUGAAAAGAUAGCUUUGUUUUUAAUAUUGCUUGAAGUAAAUGAACCAGAAACCAGAACUUGAAGAUUUUUCUCUUUGCCUAGUUUGGGCUUUGUUGUUAUAUUUAUGUAUAAUAGGAUUUAACUAGCAAUUCUGGGAACUGGAAUUUAUUUACUAUAAGCAGUCAUAAAAAACAAUCUAAAUUCAGAUCUUGCAAAGACCAGAAUCGAACAUGAAAUCAUUGCCACUUCUGCCAUGUACACUGGUUCCAAAAGUUAACCAGCCUUUGUGAUAUUUGCAGUCAUACCAGUUUUGCCCUUUCAAAACUGAGUCUCCUAAUUUUUCUUUUGUAUUACAAUUUGAGUAAACGGCUAGCAAAAGGCCAGAUCUGUUAGCUGAUCUACUGUUGAGCUUUUCUCGAGGUUUCACUUCCUAUAGAUUCACAACAUAGUUUUCUAUAUCAUUUAUGUCAAGAAUAUCACUCUUAAUCCAACAGCCUAACACAGGAAACAGGAAACAUUUAAAAAGCAAUAUAAUUUUAAAAAGGCAUUUUGGAACUUUUUAAAUUGCCUAAGUGCAACUUGGUAUUCAUGUAUGUAUGUGUAUUCAGUAUGUAUAUUUGUAUGGCUGAUACAUGAUAGACACUUAAUAAAUAUUUGAUUUGAUAAAUGAAUAAACAAAUGACUACAACAUUAUCCUAGUUCUUUACAUUGCUAAUAGAAUGUAAAAACUUGGAUUAAGAUGUUUCAUAAUUUACCCUCUUUCUUUAAUGUAGAAUCAGUGUUACAUUUACAUGGUAAUUCUCAAAUUACUUGAGGCAUUUUCAGCCUCGGUCUCCAUUAACUGGUGUCUCUUCAAAAUGUCUUAUAUCUGAAUUUACCUAUAGCAAACUCCAGAAAACACCUAGUUGUUGCAUGGCUUCUUUAGUUAAUGAAGAUUACACAUGCAGCUCCAUAGCGAUGAUUUAAGCAAAUCAUCCAAGGCCUUCUGGCUUAUUUCUUAGCAAGUGGCUCACUUAUGCCAAUAAUAAUAGCUGCUAUUGGGGCCGGCUCCGUGGCCGAGUGGUUAAGUUCGCGCGCUCCGCUGCGGCGGC